AUGUAUUCAAAGAUCUUGCUAUACCGUAGUAACGUUCUGUUCAUGAACUUUUUCUCUGUUUUUGUAUGUACAAUUGGUACUUUAUUUUUGGUUUUCGCAGAUGUCUAUGUUCUUGCGUCGGCAUUUUUCCAAAGUAAAAAGGAAAAAGAGACAAAGUUUAAGCAUUUACACUACCAAAAAAGAUCUUGUUUCUUUCUAGCAAAUAUACACUAA